CUUCUUGCUGCUAUGAUGGACCUACGGUACGAGGAUGACUUUCAAAGACUGCGAACAUCCUUUCUCGUAGAAGCUGCCGAGUAUGGGCGUGUAGGCGUGACGCGGUUCGUGUUGGAUUUCCAGGCCGUAGAGCGUCCGUGGUUAUUUUCAAGAAAGAUUAAACGGCCGUCCUAUCUCUCUUCUAACGAAAGAGAGCUAGCUUUGCUAAAUACACCUAGUUGGGAGAUUUUUAACGUGGUGAUGGAGAAACGAAGGGAGCACUGCGUUAGCAGAACGUUUGGUAUUAAGGAAUACACAGGAUUCUUGGCAUAUAGCGCAAGACAUGGGUGGGUAGAUAUGACAGAGCGCUACCUUGCUCUUGGAGCGCGUGUAGACGGCCUAGGAUUGUCUAGCGAGUACAGGCAACGACCCCUUCUAGGCGCUUGUAGAAACGGGCACAAGGACGUAGUUCAGGUGUUGUUAGAACAUGGUGCGAGUGCGUGUAAGCCGGCGUUGGAGACAGCAGUACAAAAUGGACAUUUUGAAGUUGUUUCUCUGCUUCUGGAGUACAAUGCGGAGCAAGGGAAUGCACUUACGGAAGCGGUUUGCAAGGGGUACCGAAGCAUUGUUCGUAGGCUAAUAGGGCGUGGAAGCUACGACAAAGAAUUUCUGCAAGGCUUGCUCGAUCGGGCGGUUGAGAUUGAGGACCAGGCUAUGUUGGAAGAUCUGCUAGAAUAUAGUAGAGGUGCUAGAGUAGGCAGAGUAGAAUUCGGAAAAGAGGUCAAAAAAGAGAUAGUUAAGAAUAAAGCGUAA